AUGCGCUCGUUUCCGGUACGACAGGCUGCUGACAGCUGGCUAGGCCUGAAAUAUCAGACCCAAAAGAAAUCAAAGUGGGAGGCAUCACCCUCAAAAGAAGAAGUUCUUGUUCUCAAUGUUGAAAACUGCGACUAUGCCUUCAGAACUCUCUCCUUGGCAGCUCAAGAAGGCAUAACAUUCCCUGACACUACGCUCAACCGGCUAGUGGUGGUUAAGCACAAAGAUGGACUCCUUCUCUGCGGCGGCAGAAUCCAGGCCUUCAGAGAAGACAAAUCGUUUGUGCCCAUUCUCCCUCAAGAUGCAUGGAUUUCUACACUGCUUGCGCGAGAGGCACACAAUGUCAAUCAUGAGAGUAUAGCAGGAACACUGUUGAGGAUGAGGAGAAAAGCCUGGGUGGUUAAGGGAAGAAGGAUAGCCAAAAAAGCAGUGGACAGUUGUGUCAUCUGCAGGAAAGCGAGAGGAGAGAGAUGCCAGCAAAUAAUGAGCGACCUGCCGCCUGAGCGGACCGCACCAGCAGCUCCAUAUCAGUUCACUGCCGUGGACCUAUUUGGGCCAUAUGAAGUGAAAGAUGAGGUAAAGAAGAGAGCGAGGCUGAAAGUGUGGGGUAUCGUGUUCAGUUGCAUGGCAUCCAGAGCCAUUCAUGCUGAUAUUGUCAGUGAUAUGUCUGCAGAAGGAUUUCUGCUGGCCUAUCAGAGAUUUACGUCGCUGAGGGGACACCCCAGCAAGGUAUGGUCUGACCCAGGCACCAACUUUGUCGGGGCCAAACCUGCUCUUGAAGACCUGUAUCGGUUCCUGGAGCACCUGGAAAGAUCAGGAGUGAAGGAAAAGGCGGCCAAGCAUGGCACAAAGUGGUCCUGGAAGAUCCAUCCAGCUGACUCGCCUCAUAGAAAUGGAGCAGCUGAGGCAGCAGUGCGAACUGUAAAGAGAGCCCUCCAGAAUGUAGGUGGCAAUGGAGUCUUCACAUGGGGAGAAUUCCAGACUUUUGUAUAUAUGGCAGCCAAUCUCGCUAACGAGAGGCCUGUAGAUGCGAGAGCACAAAUCCAGGAGGAUUGUGUGGAGUAUAUCACUCCAAACUCUCUCCUGCUGGGGCGAGCGAGUUUGAGAGGAGACCCAGGAGACUUCCAGUUCGAGGGUUACCCCUACAAAAGGCUGAGAGUGAUCCAGUCAGAGGUGAAUAAAUUCUGGAAGAAGUGGUGUCAAUUGGCAGGCCCGAACCUCUUCGUCAGAAGCAAAUGGCACACGAAGGAGAGGAAUGUUGCAGUAGGAGACGUUGUUUGGCUUGCAGAUCAGAAUGCCUUAAGAGGUCAAUUCAAACUAGGCAGAGUGAUCAGUGUGUGUCCUGACAAGAAAGGAGUUGUGCGAGACGUCAGAGUCAGGACGUUUCCCAGCUAUCCGGUCAUGAUCAAGAAGCCAUCCCAUGAAGAACAUAGCAGGAGUACGCCAGCAACGAAGAAGCUUUCCAAUAAAAUCCCUGCAACAAUCCUACACAGAGACGUUAGGCGUCUUGUUGUGUUGAUUCCAGUGGAGGAGCAAUGAAGAGAAGAUCCGCCACGCUCCAAAGAAACUUGACGUGACCUCCUUGGGUUCUGGAACCAGGAGCUCAAGUGGGAGGUGUGCUGUUAGAUCGCAAACGGAGAGACUUUUGUAUUGAGAAAAAGAGACUUUUAUUUUGAAAAAGGAAGUUGAGACUUUCCAGUCCUCAUGCCAGAAAUCAGGAAGUGCAAAGUUAUUUUCAAGCACAUGCAGUGAGAGGCUGUGAAGCAUAUGUUGUGAGCUGCUGUUGAAAAUAGAUGGAGUGGGGAAGGACUUUACUUGCUGGGCAUUUCCAGGGAUGCUACUGGUUUUCAACCUAACUAAAUGAGACUUCUUAUUAUUUGCUUAAUUGAACAUGGAAAACUGUCUAAA